AGUCCCUCUCCGCCAUUUUGGGAUUGGGCCAGCCAUGUCGCUCUUCGAUGGCGCGUGACAGGAGUCCAUGCGGGCGGGUUGGAGUGCGGCGCAAGGUGCUUGAGGACACACGACGUGAGCGAUGCGAAGAACGCAACCGAGAUCAGGAGCGGCGCUAUGCGUCCAGGCUGCGGGCGCGGUCAGGCAGAGAGGAGUCUCCCGCGUUCAGGCGGUCUGUUCGCGAACGGUCGCGCUCCAGGCGAGGCAGGAUCGAACGGGGGAGUCGGCAAGAUGGCAGACCCAGACGCUCCAAAGAUUCACGAGCCGAGGGGCUGCGAGAUGAAGGCAGACGAAGCAGACGUGGCGGGGACCGUGGACAGGGGCGCGCAGAGCGCAAUGGCAGGCGCACGUCGCACUGCGCGGAAUCUCCAAGGCCGCGCCGCCAGGACAGCCGCGCCCGGAGAAAAAGCGAGGGCCCAUCGGAUAGUCAGGGAAGAGCCAAGAUGCCGAAAGUCAGCGGCACGAGCGAAGCCAAGGAACAGCAGCAGGAUAAUCGCCUGAACCUGGACAACAGGGAUGGCUUUUCUGUGGGGCAACUGGUGAAGGCUCGGUACCAAUCAGGUAGCUUCUUCACGGCGAAGAUUGAGGCUUUCCUCGAAAAUGGGCGGGUCAUCAUUGAAUGGGCAGACGGAGAUCCCAGCGACCGCACGAAGCUCCAAGAGGAGCUACGGCGUGAGGAGCAAGCGGAGACCCAGACUGAACAGCGCCCGGACCCAGAGAACUCGCAGAGUCCCAGCCAGGAGGCGGCGCUAACCCCUGCAGAGAUCGAGCAGGCGGAGCGCAUUCGCGAGUUCCAGCGGCGGCGGCAACAGGGCCAGCUGCCCGCCCAGGAAGAGCCGCCAGCGGAACCUCAGCAAAACGAGGUUCAGGCCGAGGCACUGAGUGAUGGCGACCGGGCCAAGUUGGAAGAGAAGCUGCGGGUUCUCCGCGCGCAGUACCUGAAGCUCCAUGAGCAAAUAUCUGCAGAGACAGAGGCAACAGAGAAGCAAAUGCAGCAGCUCAUGACGGGUGGUGCCAGCCAAACUGCUUUGAUGACCUUCCGCAUGGAUAUCAUGAGCAAGCAGUCGGGGCAACGCAUUGCAGCGCUGCAGAUCCAGGAGCAAAUAACAGAUUUGCAAGAGAAGCUUCAUCCUGGCUCAGCAUUGAGGUCCAACGAGAGCACACACAGAGAGCAGGAUGAGGGGCCAAAGCCGUCUCUACAGGAACCGUGUGGCCGUGACGAGAGCUUGCUGGCAAGAUCUGAAAAGACAGCGAAUCUGCAGACGAAGGAGCAAAAGCCUGAGCUGGAGAAGUCCGAGCAGUUUUUCUCUCCGAUUCAGUGGAGAGCGAUGCUUUGCAGGGGGCAGACUGCAGGCCCAGUGGUGGCGCCAGCAAAGCUGGGAGGUGAUCAGUGGGAGAAACCGCGUCAAGCCAUCGGUCUCAGCCUUCUCGGGGAGCAGGUGGCGUCAGAAAAGUUGCUCUACUUACUGCAGGAUGACCGGCGCCGCUCCUAUGUUGGCUACCUGCCGUCCUCAUUGGAUGUCCGAACACGGGAGGACUUCUUCCGCACUAUCCGCAGCCGAACCGCCUGGAGCCAGCACGGCCAGCGCGAGUCGGCCUGGCUGGUAAGGAAAAGGCGCUGCAGCUGCUUCUUCACGUGCGAGAAGGUCCGCUUGGAGCCGCAGGAGUAUCCCAACUGGAUGAUUCAGCUGCUGGAGCUGGUGAUGCCGCGCUGUGGGGUCAGCAAAGACCACUGGCCAUGUGCGUGCCAUGUCAGCUACCAUCCUGAUGGCAUAAUGUUUCCAGGCUGGCAGGAUGACGAUGUCCUUUUUCAAGGCAGCGAAAAAGACGUGUGUGCCAUUUCCAUGACACUCAACUUGGGCGUUGCGCAGCAGCUUGAGCUGCGGGCAAACUGGCCUGAACAGGGGGAGGAGGCAACGCAGAUUCAGUUGUGUGAUGGUGACCUCGUGACGCUGGAGGGCAUGGUGCAAAAGCACUAUAGCCUAGUGCCACAGGACGCUUGCCGUGCCUGCGUCAACCUUACCUGGCGCUGGAUGUUGAGGCAUCGGCCUGGCUGCCCUGCAAAGCGAUGAGACAGGCGCAGCAGCGUUUGGCAGAGCCUCACCGCGGGGAA